AUCAACACUUGGACCGGUGUGUCGAGUAUUGUAGCGGUCAUAUGGCUGGGUAGAUCAAUGUUCAAACAGAAAAAAUUUUCUCAACCAAAAUUUCUUUCAUUGGCGGUUUGCUUUUGUGACUUGGUGUAUACAGCAAGCAGUAAUUCCCAAACAGUUGCGGCGGUGUGGCUUGGAUACUGUGUUAUGGGAGGCUUCAAAGGAUGCGUCAUGCGUGGUUUUGCCAGAAAUUCCACUAUGGUGGCUUCUCAUUUGAUGGUGGUUCUCUUGGCAACAGAAAGAUUUAUCGCCUUGCGGUUUCCAUUUCGUUACCAACAACUUAUGUCGCCAAAGAGGGUAAUAAUUGUGGCAGUCUCUCUCUAUCUCUACGCGAUCUUUCUUGCGACCUUGCCAUUCAUGGGAGUGAACAAGUAUGGAUACCAACUAUGGUGCGACUUCUACUGGAGUGAUACUUCUCCUGCGGGCAGAUUCUUUGUCGUGAUUUUCCUGUUACAGGGAUUCGGUUGCAUGCUUUUCACUGUCUUCUGUAAUGUUAGUGUGAUCUUUGAGCUACUUGCCAUGAAGCGAAGAGUGGGCACGGGAUCGAAUAGCGCCUCUUUCAAGGAAAGACUCGAUCACUUCAAGUUUAUGACCAUCAUGACAAUCGUGUCAUUCGCUUAUAUUGGAUGUUCAGCGCCAUAUUUGAUCAGAUUAGCGUGUAAUCAGUUUGGCUACGACCUGUCCCUGGCUAAGGACUUUGACGCUGUUCGGGUAUACCUUGUCAACAACAUGACCAAUUCUUAUUUUGUUUUAUUCUUCCAAGCUUUGUUUCAUCCUAAAGUAGUAGAAAAAUUUCGCGCUUGCUGUGGACGAAUGUCAGAGACGAACACAAGUAUCAGAGGACCCGAGAAAACGGAAUCAGUUCUACCAGUCUGAUGGUCCCUACUGG